AUGGGAUUGACUCUAUCGCUCAAUUGGAAAAUCGAGGACAUUGCUCAUACCUUGGUUCAUUACCUCUACACUGGCGAGUAUCAGACACUUGAAGUGAAAGGAGAAAAGCCAAGGCACGAAAGGGAGUACAGGCGGAGUGUUAUUGUUUACUGCGUGGCAGUUUCAUUCGGUAUGCAUGAUCUAGCCUGUAAGGCGACACGAUACAUUGAACACUUUGGAGGCACGGUCAAUAUAUAUCAGAUCCUGGGCACAGCGGUUUUGGUAUACGGUAAGAUGCCCAAGGAUAAUUGGUAUUGCAAGUAUCUCGAGAGCAAGAUGACAGCUGCUUUCGCUAAAGACCAGAACUUUUUUGAGAAGGGGGAAUACAUGCACCCCUAUUCAAAGCGAAUCAUAACCCUCUAUUUUCGUGAGAAAAAACAUGGCUACGGCGUCCCUCAGUAUUUUCUUGAAGACCUUCCAGGAUAUCAAAGUUCUGUGAAGGGAAAAAGCCCCUCCUCAGCCUGUGGGCUCUUCAGGGCUGAGGAGGACAUUGCCCACACUGUGAUCCAUUGGAUUCACACUGAUCGACAGCUGGAGUACAAAUGGAGCGUGCAUGUCUACUGUGUGGCAUGUGUGUACGGAAUGCCCGGCCUGGAUACGCUUGCGGAAGAGAAGAUGCGGAUGUAUGAAUAUGCCAUUGAUGUUGGGCAGGUUUUGGGUAUAGCCAGAGAAGUGGUUGUCUUUUUUGAAGAUAACUUGCCUGCAGGGUAUGAAGAGCGUCUAGUGAGGAGGCUAGCAUCUGCUGUCAAGAACGAUGGGGAACGUUCCACACUGAAUUUGUUUAUCAGCAGGUUGGGAGGGGUACCUCGGAUGGAGGAGUUUGCUAGGGAGUGUCUACGCGAAGGCAAGUCUGUCGAUGAGGGCGAGUCUUACUGUUGGGACCCCUUCAACGAUGAGAACGGCAUUAACAGUGAGAACGAUUCUGAUGAUGAGGGCGACUGCUCUGGAAGAUCAUCAACCGAUUCAAAUAUCGUGCUGUCUGACCCUGAGGAAUCAGGUCCUGGCUACCGGGUAUCAUCAAGUGAUUGUGACGAUCCCUGGAGUGAACUAGAAUCACUCACUGGUGAAAUCGAGAGUGUGGAUUAUUGGAAAGAUUAA